UGUUGGACGACUACUUCAACACCGCGCUACUCUUCUUCUCAAAUGUCAACAAACAACACAGGAAGGGCCCGACAUUAGAUUUUCUUCGAGUAUCGUUAUAAAAAACGGGUUGAAUCAGCGUGCCACCACUGUGUGUGACUGCCUGCACUGUGAAAGUGGAAGACAAGUGGAGUGAGUGAGGCACUAUGUCUGCUGCCUGCCCGCCACAGUCUCCGGCCGUGGCUAAGACAGAGGUGCUUUUGGAAGGAUGGUGCCCUCUUCUAGCAGCUACCUUUGCCUACUGGGACAACAUUCUGGGGCCUCGUGUACGACACAUCUGGGCCCCCAAAGGUCAGGGGUCAUUACUGCUCAGUGAUGGGGAGGUGACUUUUCUGGCCAACCACACACUGAAUGGCGAGAUUCUGCGGAGUGCCGAGAGCGGCGCCGUGGACGUCAAGUUCUUCGUCUUGUCAGAGAAAGGAGUGAUCAUCGUCUCUCUUAUAUUUGAUGGAGAACUGAAGGGCGAUAAAAACACCUGCGCCCUGUCCAUCAUUCUGCCUCAGUCAGAGCUGAACUUCUACCUGCCCCUGCACAGCGUGUGUGUGGAGAGGCUCAAGCACAUUGUCCGCAAAGGGCGCAUCUGCAUGCAGAAGGGUUACAGCAUUAUCUCUAUGUUAACGUCUGAGAUCGUUCCCAUCAUGGAGCUUCUCUCCUCCAUGAAGACCCACAGUGUACCGGAAGAAGUUGAUAUCAAAGACACAUUAUUGAAUGAUGAUGACAUUGGAGACAGCUGUCAUGAGGACUUCCUGCACAAAGCCAUCAGCUCUCAUCUACAGACCUGCGGCUGCUCCAUCGUUGUUGGCAGCAAUCCAGACAAAGUCAACAAGAUCGUGUUCACGCUGUGUCUCUUCCUCACUCCCGCUGAGAGGAAGUGCUCUCGACUGUGCCGAGCUGACGACUCCUUCAAAUAUGACACGGGGCUAUUCGUUCAGGGCCUGCUCAAGGACUCUACAGGGAGUUUUGUUCUGCCUUACCGGCAGGUGCUGUACUCUCCUUACCCAACCACUCACAUAGACGUGGACAUUAACACGGUGAAGCAGAUGCCUCCAUGCCAUGAGCACACGUACCACCAGCGCCGCUACAUGAGGGCUGAGCUCAGCGCGCUCUGGAGGGCCGCCAGCGAGGACGACAUUAGCCCUGACAACCUCAUCAAUGCCCAAGAUUUCUUCACCCCUGACUUGAAUAUAUUUCAGGACGUGAUGCACAAGGACACACUGGUGAAGUCUUUCAUAGAUGAGGUUUUCCUCUUGAAGCCAGGCCUGUCUUUGCGGAGUGUCUACUUGUCCCAUUUUCUCCUACUGCUGCACAGGAAGGCUCUGACACUGCUCCGAUAUAUUGAGGACGAGACCCAGAAGGGGAGGAAGCCGUUCCGGUCACUGCGCAAUCUGAAGACUGACCUGGACUUGACUGUGGAAGGUGACCUGAACAUAGUUAUGGCAAUGGCGGAGAAGCUGCGGGCGGGUCUUCACUCCUUUGUCUUCGGGAAGCCAUUCUUCACCAGUGUGCAGGAGCGUGACCUACUCAUGAGUUUCUGACCUUUCACCUCUAAACUCACCUCUAAAAUGGACACUGUGCCAAGAUACUGUCAAGAAUCCACAAGACCGUCUGGAGUGCUGUCAACUCGUGUUCAAAGUAUGGUCCUGUGUCAAGUAUUGUAUAUGUAUAGUGUAUUUCUGAGGAUAAUCUGUAGACCUUGCAUGACCUAUAAAUGUUCUCAGACAAAACAGCAUAAUGUUCUGUGGAUGUGUAACUUUUUGCAUCGUGGAUUAUUUUGCUUUUAAAUAUUGAGAACUCCUCCAGAUAAACGCUGUGCAAACUACAACUGUGUUGUAGUUUAUUUAAACUAUUAUGAAGCUGCCAUACAGCCCCCCGAUGGUACAACUUUGCUCUUAAUUCCCUUUAUGCUGCAAGCAAAAAUGGUUUGUUUUAUAACACAUUACAAUGACUUCUCAAUAUAAAUGAAAUAAAUAUACUUUCAGACAUAAUAAGAAGGCACGGCCUUGCUGUGGAAUGUUGUCAAACCUUAAAGGAAAAGUUUUCACUUACUCCAGAUCAGCCAAGACAUGUUUGGUGUCCAAAUUGUUCUUCUUUAGAACUGGACCUAUGAGGAUAACAUUGCUAACAAACACUAGAACUAAGUAGUCGCCCAAAUCCAUUCUGUAAAAAAAAACAUAUCUCCAAACCACAUCCACAUCUUUCUUAAGGUUGUGCGGACUUGUUGAUGUGGCUUACAGCACAGUAUGACUUACUGUGAACUACAGAAAUAAACAAAACUUCACUGCUACAGGCAGCUAUUUCAGCCAACACCAAGGCAAGUAUUAUUCACAAGCUUGUCUUGUAUCAGAUUCCUCCAUAAUUCAAUGGUCUUCAUAACAAAAACUGAUUCUAGAUCAGUACCCUUACUCCUGAGGUGUACUGAUCAACCAGUGCUAUUGUCUGAAGUGGCUGCUUGACGUUUUGUUAAUUUGUAUAGUUCACAGUAAGUCAUACUGUAUCCUAAACAACAUUAUCAAAUCUACACAACCUUAAUGAAGGCCUGGAUGUGGUUUGAGUUGGAUGAAAGAAGUUGAUUUUUGGUUUUGGUAUUUUUACAGAAAUUAUUUGGGCUACUUGGGUGACUGUUGAAUACUAGCAUUUGUAGCAAUGAUAGCUUCACUGCUCCAGUUCUAAACUAAUUUGGCAACAUUUGGACUCCAAAUGUGUCUUGGCUGAUCAACAACAUCUGUGGUAAGUGGAAAACUGUGUAAAUUUGAUUUUUUAAUUUUUUUUAAUUAUUAUUAUUUUUUUUGUUUGCUGAAGCUGUCAAUUAAGAGAGAUCAUAAAGUUGACUACUCAUUUAGAACUGUAGGCCAGAGAUGUUGUUUUUGUUUUUCUUUUAGAAAUUCAAGCUAGUUGUAAAUGCAACGUUUGAAAAUAAAAGCAGAGAUAUACAUACUUAAAGAUA